GCUGAGUACGGGCAGUCAGUUAGCGUUUGGGAGUGGGAGUGGAGUGACGUCCGUUGCGCCCAGGGAUUUAUAACUGCCUCUUCCACACCUAUCCUUAUGCCUAGACCAGAGGAGGGCCAGCCAGCAUCCCCUGCACUGUGUCGGUGAGAGUUGAGGUUGAUGUGCAUGAAGUGUUCAGUGUAGCUUGAAGUGCAUGAUACAACCUUGACUCUAGUACGGAGGAGUGAAGGGGGCAUGAACAUUACUGGGAAGCCUCAACCCGAGUAGUCAUGAGCGCUCACACAUAAGUCGUCAGAGGUCACACAUAUCCCGAGGGUGAGGUCCCAAGUGACAGCAGAAACACAGAGUUGAUAGUGCCCUAGAAACACAGUGUUGUAAUACCGCCACCAUGCCUGAGACGGCGUACCAGCAGGCGCCCAACACAGACAAUGGGAGCGGCCUGGUGCUGCGCUGGGACAUUAAGAACCUGGAGAUCAAGACCAGAUCAGUUGAAAAGACCCUAGAGCCUCUUGUCAUACAGGUCACAACUUUAGUCAACACUAAAGGACCUUCAAAGAAGAAAAAAGGGCGGAGUAAAAGAGCCCAUGUCCUGGUGGCCGCCGUGGAGGCCGCCACGGCUAACUUCAUCGAGCGCGGGGAGGAGAUCGCCUACGAGAACCCUGACAUCCGCGGCGAGAUGCUCGGAGCCGUGGAGGAAGUGAGGAAGACAGGAGAUACCAUGUCCCGGGCUGCAAGGGAGUUUGCCGAAGAUCCGUGCAGCAGCGUCAAGCGCGGCAACAUGGUGCGGGCCGCCAGGAACCUGCUCUCCGCCGUGACCCGCCUCCUCAUCCUGGCAGACAUGGUGGACGUGCAUCGCCUCCUCAAAAGCCUGCAAGUGGUCGAAGAUGACUUAGAGAAAGUUAAGAAUGCCUCCAGCCAGUCCGAGCUGCUGGACAACUUCCGCCUCUUUGGCAAGAACACAAGUGACCUCAUCAACCAGGCCGCCAAGAGACAGAACGAGCUCAAGGAUCCCAGGCUGCGCGAUGACCUGGCCUCGGCUCGCGCUGUGCUCAAGAAGAACUCCAUGAUGCUUCUCACGGCCUCUAAGGCUUACGUACGACACCCCGAGCUGGCCGCCGCCAAGGCCAACAGGGACUUUGUGUUCAAGCAAGUGUGUGAGGCUGUCAACACCAUCAGCGACGUGGCCCAGGGCAAGGCCACGGGGGCGGGACAGAUGCCCUACGAAGGCCCGGGUGAACUGGCCUCUGCACUGGAUGACUUUGAUGAACGCAUCAACAUGGACCCGCUGACCUACAAUGAGGUGCGCACACGGCCGUCCCUGGAGGAGCGCCUGGAGUCCAUCAUCAGCGGGGCGGCCCUCAUGGCGGACUCCUUCUGCACCCGUGACGACCGCCGCCUUAAGAUUGUGGAGGAGUGCAACGCCGUGCGCCAGGCUCUCCAGGACCUCCUCACAGAGUAUAUGGACAAUAUGGGCCGCAAGCAGCCGUCAGAAAACCUGGACAAGGCCAUUGACCACAUGUACCGCAAGACCAAGGACCUGAGGCGCCAGCUGCGCAAGGCUGUGGUGGACCACGUCUCUGACAGUUUCCUGGAGACAAAUGUCCCUCUGCUGGUCCUGGUGGAGGCUGCUCGGAACGGUAAUGAAAAGGAAGUGGAAGAAUAUGCACAGGUGUUCACUGAGCACGCCAACAAGCUGGUGGAGGUCGCCAACCUGGCCUGCACCAUGUCCAACAACGAGGACGGCGUCAAGAUGGUGCGCUACGGGGCAGCGCAGAUAGAACAGCUCUGCCCGCAGGUCAUCAACGCUGCCAGCAUCCUCUCGGCAAGACCAAAGUCAAAGGUGACGCAGGAGAACAUGGACGCCUUCAAGGACGCCUGGGAGAACCAAGUCCGCAUUCUGACCGAGUCCGUUGACGACAUCACCACCAUUGACGACUUCCUGGCAGUAUCAGAGAGUCACAUUUUGGAGGAUGUGAAGACGUGCGUGCGGGCCAUCAACGAGGGCGACCCCGAGACCCUGGACCGCAUCGCCGGGGCCAUCCGCGGCCGCUCCACUCGGGUGUGUCACGUGGUGGCCUCCGAGAUGGACAACUACGAGCCCUGCAUGUACACCGACCGCGUGCUGGAGGCCGUCAAGGUGUUGAGAGACCAAGUGCUGCCCAACUUUGCCCAGCGUGUGGAUGUGGCGGUUGAGGCCCUGAGCAGCACCCCAGGCAAGGAGGUGGAUGAGAAUGAGUUUAUUGACGCCUCCCACCUGGUGUAUGAUGGUGUGAGGGAGAUCCGCAUGGCUGUGCUCAUGAACAAGGCGGAUGACGAGCUGGAUCCGGAUGACUUGCUGACGGAUGACUACCACACCCUUGAGAUCAGAAGCAAAUCGAGUGCCCACACAGUUGAGACGACCAUUGACGAAUAUCCCGGCGUGAGCGGCAUCACCACGGCCAGAGAUGCCAUGAGGAACCUGAGUGAGGAGGACAAGGACAAGAUCGCAGCGCAGGUCGAGAACUUCCGCCUGGAGAAGGUGAAGUUCGACCAGGAGGUUGCUAAAUGGGACGACACCGGCAAUGACAUCAUCGUCCUGGCCAAACACAUGUGCAUGAUCAUGAUGGAGAUGACGGACUUCACAAGAGGUCGAGGGCCACUCAAGACCACCAUGGACGUCAUCAACGCUGCCAAGAAGAUCUCCGAGGCGGGCACAAAGCUGGACAAGCUCUCAAGGCAGAUCGCUGACCAGUGCCCCGAGUCCAGGACCAAGGACGACAUGCUGGCCUACCUGGACCGCAUCGCCCUGUACUGCCACCAGCUCAACAUCACCUCCAAGGUCAAGGCCGAUGUGCAGAACAUUUCCGGCGAACUCAUCGUGUCUGGGCUUGACUCCGCCACGUCGCUGAUCCAAGCCGCCAAGAACCUGAUGAACGCCGUGGUUCUGACCGUGAAGUGCUCCUACGUGGCCUCCACUAAGUACCCGCGCCAGGGCACCAUUCCUCAGCCAGGAGUCCGAUCAGCCGAAGUGAGCACAGGUGGGAGUUUACAGAAAGCAGGGACGAAGGUCCCCCAUAUACCCCCAAAGCCUGUAGUAACACAGGGACAGUCGCCGAUCGUGGUGUGGAAGAUGAAGGCUCCCGAGAAGAAGCCGCUGGUGAGGCGUGAGAAGGCGGAGGAGGUGCGCGCCAAGGUGAGGAAAGGCAGCCAGAAGAAGCCCGUGUCUGCCCUCAAGGCCCUCGCAGAGUUCCAGAGUCCGGCUGACGCGAUUUAAGAGCAGCUGUUUGUUAGUCACUUGAUGAGAGAACCAGGGGUGUGGAGUCGGAAACAGUCACUGAAGUCACCAAAAUAUCUGACUCCUUUAUGGUGUGUGUGGUAUGGUGUGGCUGGGUGGCAAGUGGUGUAGUGUGGCUGGGUGACAAGUGGUGUAGUGUGGCUGGGUGGCAAGUGGUGUAGUGUGGCUGGGUGGCAAGUGGUGUAGUGUGGCUGGGUGGCAAGUGGUGUAGUGUGGCUGGGUGGCGAGUGGUGUCGUGUGGCUGGGUGGUGUGUGGUGUAGUGUGGCUGGGUGGCGAGUGGUGUAGUGUGGCUGGGUGGCGAGUGGUGUAGUGUGGCUGGGUGUAGUGUGGUGUAGUGUGGCUGGGUUUGAUUUCCCCACCACCACAGAAGAGGGGGAGAGGGAGGAAGUGGAUCGGAGUCAGAAUCGAAGUCGUAACCUAAAAAUUUCCCCAAGUCAAAAUUGCAAUCUGAGUCACAACCUUAAAAUUCCCUAAAGUCAAAGUUGGAGUUGAAAUUCCUCACAUCCGACUUCACACCCCUGGAAUGAACGCACCCAAGGAGGAGGAGGAGGAGGCGAAGGUGUGUGUGUGUCGAGGCCUCGUUCGUUUUGGGCCGUUCCGUAACUAGUUGUCCACGUCCUGUGAUGGCCAACUGUCCCACGUAGGCUUAGGUAGAGAAGUGAACUCAUUUAUCGAAUUUAAAGUACGUAGUCGCAGUUGAAUCCUCUUUUUGGCAAUUGUAUUUUUAUGUAGAUUCAGUUAGAACCUCCUUUGACAAUUGUUUUCUUAUGCGGUUAGAGUUGAAUCCUCCUUUCUUAUAUCGAGGAAGGAUUGGCAGUGGAUUACGCAAGAUGGAGGAGGAGGAUCACAAGAGAAGAUGGGCUAUUGAUGAAGAAGAAGGUGUAGAUGCAGUUAAAUCCUCCUUUGGUAACUGUUUUCGUAUGUCGAGGAAGGAUUGGCUUUGGACUAUGCAAGAUGAAGGAGGAAGAUCGCAAGAGAUGACGGACUAUAGAUGAAGAAGAAGAAAGAGAAGAAAGUGUAGAUGCAGUUGAAUCCUCCUUUGGCAAUUGUUUUUGUAUGUAGAGGAAGGAGGAUCAUAGCAACCCCAACCUCAAGAAUGGAAGAUGAUAGGCUAUUAAAAAAGAUGAAGAAGAAGGGGAGGAAGAUGAUGACAGUUCUGACCUCAAGAAUGGAAGACGAUAGGUUAUUAAAAAAGAUGAAGAAGAAGGGGAGGAAGAUGAUGAUAGUUCCGACCUCAAGAAUGGGAGACAAUAGGCUAUUAACAAAGAAGAUGAAGAAGGGGAGGAAGAUGAUGAUUGUUCCGACCUCAAGAAUGGACGACAAUACAAAGAAGAUGGAGACGAAGAGGAAGAGGAAGACAAUAGGCUAUUAACAAAGAAGAAGGAGGAGGAAGAAGAAGAAGAAGAAGGCAAUGACGAAAGUUCCAGUCAAAUCGUUCCUCAGCAAUCCACUCCCCUAUCCACCUCAUUUCCGCCUGUCGCUCUAUCACACAUCCUAGUUCUACAUAUAUUUGAUUCUAUUUUUUCACACCAAAGUUAGCAGAUUGAUUACAAGGUGCAUUCCAUAUAUAAGUUUGUUCUUGAAUAUUUCUACCCAAGGACACCCAAGCCUCACUACCCCCAUAGGAUAAUAUAUAUAAGGUUUCCACUCUCUUUGAAGGUUAUAUCGCCCACGGGAAAUGGAUGUUGCAAGGACGGAGUGACGGAGAGAAGGCUAGUUUGGCAAUCAUAUAUAUUUAGAAUUUGAAGAGAAGCUAUUGAGGUUUUUAUACACACACAUACAUACACACUCAUUCAAUAUAUUCCUUUCUGUAACAAUAAUUAUCCAUUCACUAUUAUUUUCAUUAUUAUUAUUUACAUUUUUUCGUACAUGCAUUACCUCGGUCUAGCGCAGAGAAAGCAGCACACUCUCCCCCUGUUCAAGUUACCCCUCCCCCUCAUCCCCAGGUUUAGCGUCAUAGGGUGGGCGAGGUGAUGCACCCCCCAGCGUAUGCCCCCAUGUUCAGGAGAGGGGAGGUCUGGCCUGCUUCAACAGUCUCAAAGUGCAUUUUGUAUCGCGCGGGGAGUUCAAGUCGUACUCCAUGAUAGUUUUGCAGCACUGUUACCGUACCACACAUUGCAUUUAUAUCAUGUAAAACUAACCAUGUUCUUACCGAGGUGCUAAGGGUAGGAGUAGCACCACAACCUCACAAUGGUCACAGUGGAGGAUAAAUCAUGUGUGUUCUGCAGUAGUUAGCUCCACCACACUAGCGGACUCUGUCUUGUCCCUUUAGAGAGAAGCAAGGUCACCAAUUGGACAUGUGGUUUUCUUACAGUAGGUAGUUUCUUGUACUGAACUGAUGAUUGAUUGUGUAUGGGUUUGAAUGCGGCGUGACUGUAUACACACGCGAGGUAAUGACGUACUUGCCCUGUGCACUUCUUGUAGGGAUCUCUGUCCUGUUCUGUGUCCUCAAUCUUGUCUGUCACUCAGUGGUUGGUAUUACAAGACACUUCCGCUUCUCAGAUCAGCUAUUUCCAAAGGCCAAAAUUGAGACCAGUUGCGUACUAAUGAGUGUUCUUUUAGGUUCAUGGUACAGAAGAAGGGUCAAACUACCACCAGGGUCAUAAAACUACCCCUGGAAAUGCCCACAACUCCUACGAAUGCCUUGUCAAAUACGUGUUCUUGGGCGGCGAAAUGUCUUAUGAUAUGACCCAGUAGUGUUGCAAGCUGUGAUGGAGUCUUGGAUAUGUGGCUGAUGCUCUUCAAGGAAACGGUUGGAGAUUGGUUUCAUUGGUCAUUGGUUUUAUAUUGAGUGGGUGGUGCGUUGCAGGCUGUAGGAGAGAGUGUUGCAUUACUGGGACACUUCAGGGUUUCUUUAGGGACAGGUUGGGUGGUGUGUAGCAAGGUCAUGAUAUCACCCUGCCGCUAAACUCGCCUUACCUAGAAAUUCAACCUUUUUCUGGCCGUUUCCUGUGAAGUGGUGAGCUGCUAUCCUUGGUUCUCAGUCACGAUUUCCUCUUGAGUGUGGGAGACAUGUGAAGGGUGGUGACACGGGUCGAAUUAUAAGACACUCGCUUCUAACAUCAGGUAUUUCUAAAAGUCAAAGAGGGGGUCAAUCGGGUUCUAAUGAGUGUUUUUUUAGGUUCAUGGUACAGACGAACGGUCAAACUACCACCAGGAUCAUAGAACUACUGCUGGAAAUCCCCACAACCCCUAUGAAAGCCUUGUCAAAUAUGUGUUUUUGGGCAGCGAAAUGUCUUAUAUUACGACCCUUAGACAAUUGUACCCACUCGGACAUGCAUGAUAGGUGUGUGUGUGUGGGAGUCUGGGAGGUCUUUCUUUUACACAGUAUAUGGUGAGAGGAAGGAAAUCGUCACCAUCAUGUUUUGAGUAUUUCCAUUUUUUGACAAACUCAGUACUUGAAGAUUUAUUAUAUAUUAUCCAAACAUUUUAUAAUAUUUUUUCAUAUCCAAAGUGACACAUAUGUAGUCUGUGUUUAUAAACUUAUCAGGCUCCCACUACGACUAUUUCCCAAGGCCACAGAGAAGAUUAACUGGGUUUUCAUGGGUAGUUUUCCUGUUCAUGGCCUAGAAGUCUUGUAAAACUCACCAGUAUCACAAAACAGCCCAAGAAAACCCCAGGAACUUAUACGACGAGAGGCUUUUUAAACAGACAUACAGGCCACGGAGAAGGUUAACUGGGUUUUCAUGGGUAGUUUUCCUGUUCAUGGCCUAGAAGUCUUGUAAAACUCACCAGUAUCACAAAACAGCCGAAGAAAACCCGAGGAACUUAUACGACGAGAGGCUUUUCAAACAGUCAACCGAGGGACUGAUAUGUUUACAAAUACAGACUUUAAUGACCCACUCUCAAAGACUUGCUGUUGCUGUACUCCUGUAUGUGUGUGUGGUGGAAAGUACUGGUCUCGGUGUGUGACAAGUGGCUCUGUAUUGACGCACUUGCAUAUCAUUUAGUUGUACGUAUAUGAUGUCAUGGCUAAUGGAGGACAAACUAGAUGGGCAGCUUUUGUAUAUUUUAGGGUAAAGUAUGAGUAAUUAGUUUUAGUGGAAGGCACCAAAGAAGAUUAUAUAGAGCAUGCCGGCCGUCGAAAUUGUUUAGCGGACGAGCAUUGCGUCAUCAUCAUUUCCAGUACGUAGUCUGUCGCCCGCUGUUCCAUGAUUCCCUAACCGAAACAAAACAUUCCUGACGUGUGUUCCCGACCGAGCCCUUUCACGGCGACCUGUUAUGUGUUUUUUGUAGCUCAAGGACGGCAUUUGCCCCUCGCUUGUUAUCAGCUUUGCAUAUUUGUGGCACUCCCCGGUGAAGUGAGGUAGACAACACACACGAGGAAACAAGAAAAGGGCAAUUGAAGUUUGGUGUUCAUGCGCUUUUCUUAGGCAUAUGUGUGAAAAAGACUGACCGUGAUGCCGAAACGUCCUUGAAUUUUAGUUUGAGAUAUUGCCUCGAAGAAGACUGGCCUGGUUUUCGUGGGUAGUUUUCCAGUUCAGGGCACAGAAGUCGUGUAAAACUAUCAUCAGGAUCACGAGACAGUCAACGAAAACCACAGCAACUUUCACGAGAGGCUUUUCAAACAUUCCAUGGAGAAGAUUAGCCUGGUUUUUCGUGGGUAGUUCUUCGAUUCAUGGCACAGGAGUCGUGCAAAACCAUCACCAGGUUCACGAAAGUCCAUGAAAAACCCAGGAACUUCUAUGACGAGAGGCUUUUCUAACACUCCGCAGAGAAGAUUAGCCUGGUUUUUCGUGGGUAGUUCUUCGAUUCAUGGCGCAGGAGUUGUGCAAAACCAUCACCAGGUUCACGAAAGUCCAUGAAAAACCCAGGAACUUCUAUGACGAGAGGCUUUUCUAACAGUCCGCAGAGAAGAUUACCCUGGUUUUCGUGGGUAGUUUUUCGAUUCAUGGCGCAGGAGCCGUGCAAAGCUAUCACCAGGUUCACAAAAGUCCAUGAAAAUCCCAGGAACUUCUAUGACGAGAGGCUUUUCUAAGUCCGCAGAGAAGAUUAGCCUGGUUUUUCGUGGGUAGUUCUUCGAUUCAUGGCGCAGGAGUCGUGCAAAACUAUCACCAGGUUCACGAAAGUCCAUGAAAAACCUAGGAACUUCUACGACAAGAGGCUUUUCAAACAGUCCGCAGAGAAGAUUAGCCUGGUUUUCGUGGGUAGUUCUUCGAUUCAUGGCACAGGAGUCGUGCAAAACUAUCACCAGGUUCACGAAAGUCCAUGAAAAACCUAGGAACUUCUACGACAAGAGGCUUUUCAAACAGUCCGCAGAGAAGAUUAGCCUGGUUUUUCGUGGGUAGUUCUUCGAUUCAUGGCGCAGGAGUCGUGCAAAACUAUCACCAGGUUCACAAAAGUCCAUGAAAAUCCCAGGAACUUCCAUGACGAGAGGCUUUUUAAACAGACAUAAGGGCCUCAGAAAAGAUUAACCUGGUCGAUGGAGGCAAGUGAUACCUCAAGGUCGACCCCCAUGGAGCCUACUUCACUUCAGCACGGAGCGCCACAAUUGCCUUAUAGAAUCAUCAAUGAAUUUAUAUCGACGCACACGAUACGUACAGUACAUACCUCUACCCAAUACCCCCGAAAUAUAUUUUUUUCAGAAUGCUUUAGAAAAUUUAUAUCCAAAACCAUAUUCUCAACAUUGUAUAAUUAAUUUAAUGUACUUUGGGUGCCAAAAUAUAUAGUAUAAAGAAGA